GGUGAACACCAAGUGAACACUGAACGCCAGAGCACGAACAAGCACGAUCACGUGGGCGUGUCAAACAGUUGGAAGUGAACGCGUAGAGCCACUGGCGCCGGAGGAUAUCCACUCAUGCCUUGAACGCGUUCGCGAUGUCCAUCAGUAUACAAGACACGAUAAAAGCCAUUCGGGAGAUGAUCCCAAUCAUAGAUCCUGAGGAGGACUACCUCACGAUCGCAGCCGCUGAGGAGCAAAUGUCAAUAACAGAGGAGGAGCGCAGGAAGGAGAUGGAAGAGGCGCAGUCUCGCGUGCGCUCCCUUGCACGAGUCCUUGAAGCGGCGCGAGUGUCCUCUACGCGGCCGUCGACGCUUCCCUCCGCCGAACAGCAUGCGGCGAUGCUGAACGAGCUGGAUGAGACACGACUGUCAAUGAUCAAGGCUAUCAAUGACGCUGAGGGUGCACUUGCUGGGAAGGAAGCUGAGUUGGCUCGCGUUCAAGAGGAACUACGCAAUUUGAAGGAGUCAGAUCCAUCUUCAGAGCACAAUUUGGAUGCCACCGUUCUACGUCUGGCCAUGUACAAAGGACUAGGUUUUGAACCUGUCCUGGGACGGGACGGGCGCGUCGCGAAGAUGCUCGUUCGGUCCAUGACGGGCGACGUACAUUGCGUCAACUUUGACCAUACAAAGUCUGACGCGGAAUACGCUGAUCUAUUGUGGAAGCUUGCCUCGUCAUAACGGGUUGCUCUCCCAAUCACGUAAAAUGGGAGGGGGAGGGCGAAGUGGAAGCAUGGAGAACCAGGGAUAUUUGCUUAGACUGUGUACAUUCAUAAUGUUGUACUCAUACUUACUGUAUUGGCUGCUACAGCAACCAGCGACACCUCAGAAUGCAAGAUAUAGU